AGACAAACCCUAAAACCUGCCCGUAAAUCCGGCAGAGAGAAGAAUGGCAGAGCCAGCAGCCGUCCCUCUUUCCCGUCUCGUUGUGCCUAUUCUCCUUGGAGUCGGCUGGAUAGUGGGUUGUGCACUCAUGGUUUACAUCGUCUUCUCCUGAUGGAAGAAAGAAGAAUUUGCAAUGAAGUUGAUUAAAAGAACCUGGACAUUGAAUUCCAGAAUUUGGAAUUGAAAUUUUUAGCCACUAAAAUAUGUAUAAAAUGUAUGAAAUGAGUUAUUUUUAAUAUCCGCACUGUAGAAUGCGCUCUAUCUACAACAAAGGUGUGAGAU